AUGGCUUUGAAGAUUAUCAAUCAAGAUGUCUACAAGUUAAACAAAUUUGAUGGAUCCAAUUUCACUCGAUGGAAUGACAAGAUGCGUUUCAUGCUUACUGUUCUAAAUGUCAUAUAUGUGUUGGACCCGAAAUUGGAGCCGAUUCAUGAACCAAGUGACAAAGACUUGGACAAAAUAGUUGCCGAUCAAAAGAAGUGUGAAGAAGAUGAAUUGGUAUAUGGAGGACACAUCUUGGGCACAUUAUCUGAUCGCUUAUAUGACAUGUACGCACACAUUCAAUCUCCAAAGGAAAUUUGGGAAACAUUUGAACACAAGUUCACAACGGAGAAAAUAGAAACACUCCCCGACCCCCAAAUCAACGACCCAGAUCCCCCGAACAACCCAGAAGCCUCCGAACCCGAUCAUGUUCUUCUCGCCGAGCUCGACUCCCUCUGCCAGUUGCACCAGAGCCUGCUAUCGAAGGCCCUGGCUCGCAACGCCGAGCUAAUUAAAGUCGUCGGAGAAAUUUCCUGCAAGAGGGACUCUCUUCGCGGCGAAAUUCAGAAGCUCGAAGAUUUUCUGAGAGAAAAGGAAGACGGGUUUUCUUCCAAAUUGGAGGAGGAGUUGAAGACGAAUGAGGCGAUCGAAAAUGAGGUGCGAGUUUGUCGGGGGACGAUUGAAAGGUUGGAGCUUGAGAGAAAAGAGAUAGAUGGGUUUUUGUUGAAGUGCCUGGAUUCGCUCCGAUCGACCAAGGAGGGCAUAAUCGGAAUAAUCGACGGCGUCGGCGAUGAAAAGGCUGAGAAUGGAGCUGAAGAAGCUGAGGGGGUUUGGGAGGAGAGUGCGGCGGUUGCGCGGUUGGCAGCUUCGGCGGAAGCGAAGGUGAGUGAGUAUAAAGAGCUGAGGAAGAAGGAGAAGAAAGAGUUGGAGAAAAGCGUGGUGAGUCUGACAGAGGAGAAUAGGGAUAUCAGCAGCUUGCUGAGGGUUUCUCUAGUGGAGAAGGAGGCGGUGGAGAAGAAGUUGAAAGGAAACAGCGAGCAGAAGCGGGUGGCACUUUUGCAUAUUGCGGAGAGGGGUUUGCAGAGAGUUGGGUUUGGGUUUAUGAUGGGAAGUGCUUUUAUUAAAGAACAAAAGUCGAUUACAUAG